UUACCUCUUUUUUAAUGUAGAGAGAGAAAGUAGAGUGAGAAGACAAACAAAGCUUUCCAUCAAUCAACACAAAGCUGCAAAAAUCAUGUUACCUGCCCCUUCAGUUAAUUCUGGGUGGUUUGCUUUCUUAUUAGGGCUCUGCAAUUUAUUUAUAAAGAUAUGGUAAUGGGAAAUGUUAGUGGCAAGAAAGAUGAAGCUAGCCCCUCUGAAACCAAAUAUGGGGAGGGUAAGGAAUACAUGGAGUGUGGCCAUGGUGGGGUGCACGUUAACUAUCAUGCGCAUAGCCUCUUCCCGGAGUCCAUGGUUCAGUCCCCUAUUCAGAGCCCUAGGGCUCAAUAUCAGUCACCCUUGAUGUUCACUCCACAGGUCCCAAUUGUUCCUUCACCGAGGCCUGAUGAUAUGGUGCAAACACAGAGUAAUGAGGAUGUGCUUUCUGAGAAGGUGAUAGUAAUCACAUGGAGCUAUGAUGGCAAUGAAGUAGCUGUUGUGGGAUCGUGGGAUAACUGGAAGAGAAGAGAGUUCUUACAGAAAUCGGGCAGAGACUUCACUAUCAUGAAGGUACUCCAAUCAGGCGUUUACCAUUUCCGGUUUAUUGUUGAUGGGCAGUGGAGGUAUGCUCCGGACUUGCCACGGGAGCCUGAUGAAAUGGGAAACAUUUUCAACAUUUUAGAUUUGCGGGAUCAUGUUCCUGAAGUCUCGAACAACAUUUCUGGGACUGAGUCUCCUCCUUCUCCUGUAUCAAGCUAUAACAGCUUACCCUUCAGUACAGAGGACUCUAAUGAAAGAUUGCCUGAAUUGCCUCCUCUACUACAAAAAUCACCACUAGAUCAGCCAUCAUCCUCCAAGGACUCUCUCGAGUCCCUAGAGAAGCCUUUUGCUGCAGUGUUGAACCAUCUAUACAUUCAGAAAAGGUGUACCGGUAAAUCAAUGGUGGCACUUAGUUCAACACAACGUUUUCGCACAAAAUACGUGACAGUAGUACUAUACAAGUCACUAAAAAAGGUAAAAAAUUGAAACACUUUCCCGUGUUCCCGGAGUUGGAAACUAUGAUAUGUUGCUGACAGAACUGCUUUGUCAAUUGCUUUGAUAGGUUGGAAGAAAAGCUAGUGUAGGAUGAAGUAGGAUUUUUGCCAUAUAUACGUAUUUAUGUGAUUCCUAUUCGUUUUAGUUAUGAUGAUCUACUGUUCGUACA